AUGUCAGCUCCACUUUGCAGUAAAAUGUUCACUGGAAGCAAAUAUAAGCUUCUCAUCAAGUUAACGAUGGCAGCCGCUUUGAUGACGGCGUUAACUUCGUUUUUGGCUAAUCUCUCACCCAAGUCAUUAGUUAGUCUCCGCAAAAACUGUAACUCUUGGAAAGCAACUCAGUCACAACACAAAACCACUCUGAUAUCCAAGACUGUUUGUUUGCAGAAUUAUUUCCUUCUCGUUUUGGUAUCUUCAGCACCAUCACAUUUCGGAAGAAGGGAUUUAAUUCGUCAAACUUGGGGAACGGACAAAACCAGCGUUCCUGAAUGGAAGACAUAUUUUUUAGUUGGACAAACAAAGAAUCAAACUGAUUCUGAUCUACUAAAGGCAGAAAAUAAAAUCCAUGGUGAUAUUAUUCGUGCUAAUUACUCUGAACACUACUGGAAUCAAAGUUUGAAAGUAGCGAUGGGAUUUGAGUGGGCCGCGAGAUACUGCAAAUUUUCAUAUCUUUUGAAGGCAGAUGAUGAUGUUUUAGUGAACACCAACGAUUUGAUAACUCGUUUACAACGCCCAUCAACACCAAAAAAUGGUCUGUACAUGGGGAAAAUAAACAGAAACGCUGAAGUUCGUCGCUAUGGCAAGUUCUCCGUUAGUCACAAAGAAUAUGCUGGUUCAGCUUUUCCAGAUUAUUGUAGCGGGGGCGGUUUUAUUCUUUCUUAUGAUGUGGUGGAGUGUAUGGUUCCUUCAUUUGAGGUGAUUAAUCCAUUUCGAAUCGACGAUGUUUAUGUGGGGAUAAUAGCGCAUGAAUUGGGUUUAACACCAGUACAUCACAGCUGGUUCCUGUUUCCAAAUUCUAAUUAUGAUGAUUGCUUUUUCACACCUAAUGUGCUUGUUCAACAUCAGGUACUUGGUCAGUGUUUAAUUCAACAGUUACACAUGCACUCUGUUGAUUUUUAUUCUUUUUGGUUGGGGUCGCACUAUUGAUGUUUGAGGGAAAAGACUUGUACAGUGCAACUACCAGCUUCUACUAUUGCCUGAAUUGCUUACACAAAAGCAGGAAACAGUCCCAGUAAUAGUAAUAGCACUCUAAUUUAGGUAAAAUAAAACUUGCUCAGUUUUUUAGUUUCUGUGAUCCUGCUUUUCUCACGUAACUCCAUAGCUUGAAAAAGCUUGAGGCAUCCCACACACAAAAAAGUCAUUCAGAAACUAUGUAAUCAUAUUUCCUGUUCUAAUUGUAUUUGAUGA